AUGGAGUACCGGUAUGGCGGGAUUUUCAUGGUUGCUUUUGCGAUCAUAAUCUUCCUCUGCCUUGGCUCUGUUGAGAGCUUCAGCACCCAAAGCCAGCCUUGCAAGUUGGAUCCUUCAAACAUGUGCAAGCCUGCACUUGCCACUGCCGUUUUCAGUGCUGUUUCAUUCCUACUUGGUGCUUUCACAUCAGUCCUCUCUGGUUUCCUUGGCAUGCAAAUCGCUAUCUAUGCUAAUGCCAGGACUGCCUUGGAAGAGAGGAAGGGUGGUGUUGGAAAAGCUUUCUUUUCUGCUUUCAGGUCUGGUGCAGUGAUGGGAUUUCUUCUUGCUGCUAAUGGUCUUCUCGUGCUCUAUAUUGCAAUCAAUCUGUUCAAGCUGUACUAUGGCAAUGACUGGGAAGGUCUUUUCAAGGCUAUUGCCGGUUAUGGUCUUGGUGGAUCUUCCAUGGCUCUCUUGGGAAGAGCCGCUGGUGGAAUUUAUGCCAAGGCAACUGAUGUUAGUGUUCAUCUGGUUAAAGAGACUUGGCCAAUUACCCUAGUAGAUCGUGGAUUCCCAACUGUGAUUUAUGACUAUGUUGGUGAUAUCGUCGGGGAUAUUUCUGGUAUGGGGACUGAUAUUUUUGGCUCCUAUGCCGAAUCAUCCUGCGCUGCCCUUGUUGUUGCUUCCAUCUCUUCUUUCGGAAAAGAUCACAACUACUCUGCUAUGUGUUAUCCCCUGCUUAUCAGCUCUAUGGGUAUUCUUGUUUGUUUGAUGACAACUCUCUUUACGGCCAACUUCUCAAAAAUCAAGGAAGUGAAGGAAAUCAAGCCUGCAUUGAGGAAGCAACUUAUUAUUUCCACAAUUCUAAUGACUUUUGGAAUUGUUAUUGUUAGCUGGAUUGCUCUGCCCUCAUCAUUUACAGUUUUCAACUUUGGGUCGCAGAAAGUUGUGAAGAACUGGCAGCUGUGCCUCUGUGCUGGUGUUGGUCUUUGGGAUGGACUAAUCAUUGGGUUUAUCACUAAAUCAUACACCAACGAUGACAUCAGCCUUCUCCAAGAUUUUGCCGCCGACAGUGUUGGUUUUGGCCUUGCCUUUGUCAAUAUCCCAAUUUUAGCUGCUAUUAGCAUUUUGUUGAGUUAUAGUAUUGCUUCCGUGUAUGGAAUUACUGUGACUGCCGUUGGGAUGCUAAGUACCAUUGCCACUCGAUUGGCCAUAGAUGCUUACAGCCCCAUCAGCGACAAUGCUACACGAAUCGCUAAGCUGGUUGACGGGAGAGCCUUUGACGGCAUACUGUCGUCAAGCAAUACUACAGCCGCCAUUGGAAAGGAAUUUGCCAUUGAAUCAGCUUCCCUGGUGUCUAUCGCUCUGUUUGGUGCAUUUGUGAGUCGUGCAGCAAUUUCUCCGGUUGAUGUCCUGACACCAAAAGUGUUCAUGGGUUCGAUUGUGGGUGCCAUGCUUCCUAAAUGGUUCUCUGCUAUGACCAUGAAAAGAGUGGGACCUGCAGCAUUGAAGAUAUUUAAGGUGGCCCCCCAGACGUUUAACAAACAUCUAUCAGGGAAACACCGGUAUCAUGAGAACCCUCACUAUGCUAGAUGCUUAAAAAUUUCAACUGAUGCAUCCUUCAAGGGGAUGAUUCGACCUGGUGCCCUUGUCAUGCUUACGCCACUUAUCGUCGGGACCUUCUUUGGAGUAGAGACGCUGUCUGGUGUCUUGGCUGGCUCUCUUGGUUCUGUUGUUCGGAUUGCAAUUUCGGCAUCCAACACUGGCGGAGCAUGGGAGAAAGCGAAGAAGUACAUUAGGGCUGGUGUUUCCGAGUACUUAAAGACCCACCCUGAAAUGAAGACUCGCAGGGCAGCUGAUGAGGGAGAUCCCAUUGGCAAUCCAUUGAAGGACACUUCAGGCCCACCACUCAACAUCCUCAUCCAGCUAAUGGCAGUCGAGUCGCUCGUGUUUGCUCCCUUCUUUACUACUCACGGUGGUCUACUCUUCAAGAUUUUCUGAGGGAGGGAACAGGCGACUUCCCUUUGUAGCAGCAGCAU